AUGGCUGUGAAUCACUGUCAUGCUGCCAACAUCGUGGACCGUCUUGGCGGAGUUCUGCUACGUCACUCUCUCGAUUCGCACCCGAUAGAUUCAGAGUUCUGUCACCCAAAGGGGAACAACUUGCCCUUGGAGAAUGGGGUGGCUAGGUUCGAGGUCUGGCAGGAGGUGUUGUUCCAGCAGACGCUGAUGAAGGAGACAUCGUUGAAGGAGCCGCUGUCGAAGACGAUGUUGACGAAGACAUCAUUACUGAAGACGGCGUUGUGGAAGGAGGAAGCAGGAGUCGUUCAAGCGAUUUUUGAAAGCUUCGCGAACGUGCCUUGUGAGACGUCGAAGAUGACGAGGAAGUACUUAAAAAAACCCGCCGUUGCGCCGAGUCGUGCCUUGAUCUCUUCAGACUCGUUGUACGGCACGUCUGACGCAAGGACCGACAUCGGCUACAACGGCCGAUGA